UUGGUUUCUUGUUGUAGGGAGCAGCCGAUUUUCAGUGCACGGGCCCAUGUUUUCCAGAUCGACCCAGCAACCAAACGAAACUGGAUUCCAGCUAGCAAGCAUGCUGUUACCGUCUCCUUCUUCUACGACAGUACACGCAACGUUUAUCGGAUCAUUAGUGUCGGUGGAACUAAGGCAAUUAUCAACAGCACCAUCACCCCAAAUAUGUCAUUCACCAAAACCUCGCAAAAAUUUGGCCAAUGGGCUGAUAGCCGUGCCAACACCGUUUAUGGUCUAGGCUUCAACUCAGAGCAGCAACUUUCACAGUUUGCAGAAAGGUUUCAAGAGGUUAAAGAAGCUGCACGAUUAACAAGAGAGAAAUCCCAGGAUAAAACUGAGUUAACAAACCCUGCACUGGACAUUGCAGCCCCACAGGAAUUGUCAGGAGAUCUUCAUUCACCUCCAUUGCAACCAGGCAGUGCGAAUGGGAGCAGUGGUCCAAAACUGUACCACUCAGAGAGCUGUGAUGGGGAAGUGAUGCUGGAUAGUGCUCGUCUUAAGACACUCUUCGCCCAGGGCUCUAUUGGGGAGUCACAGUGGGAGUUGGAGCUGUUUGCACUGCAGGAGAGCAACGCGAAGCUGGUUCAGGCACUGCAUGAGUCAAAUGUCACUGUUGAGCAAUGGAAAAAACAGCUGUCAGCUUAUAAAGAAGAGACAGAAAAACUGCGAGACCGGGUUAUUGAGCUCGAAUCACAAGGUGAGGCAGUUGUAACAGUUGCAACUCGAAAUACGGACCUCAGCCAAUCAGUGGAAGAGCUCGAGACGCUGUUAAAGGAAAAGGAGGAGGAGAUCCAGAUGCUGAGAAGCCAGAAGUCUGAUGUAACCGAUUUAGAAAGUGACCGGGAGGAAGCCCUGCUCAGACUGCAGGAAGUUGAGAGCCGGAAUGCUGAUCUGGAGCAGCAGCUACAGGAUGUGGAGCAGACACUGGUUGACUGUGUGAAUGAUCGAGAGAGGAUUCAGUGCGAUGCACGAAAGCUGCUGGAUAUCCUUGACGUCAAGCUUUAUGAAUUGAACGAUUUGCGACAUGGUUUAGCUAAAAUUGCCGAGAAGGAGGAGAAGUCUUGAAAUGUAUGACUAGCCUGAGAGCAGCGCAUCAAUUGUUUCACUUUGAUAUCCGUUGUUCCUCAAUCUCAGCAAUCUCCUCAAUAUCAUCAAUCACUGAUCCCCAUUCCCAUCAUACUACUUUACAUUCACUUCUGUUUCACCAACUCAGAUGAGGUCACAGGAUCUGAGCAGCAAUAGCACUGACCUCUCAGGUAUUUCUGUAAAUCAGCAUUUCACCGCCAGGUUCAGAAGGUGCAAAUCCAAAGCUGCAGCUUAUCCAUGCCGUGGUUCACUCUUGGCUUCCAAUCAACUAAUUCCUCAAUGGCUGUUUUGCUUAUAUCAAUUACCCUGAAAUGCUUCUUCUGUUUAUUCAAAUCUCCUUUCACAUCUAUAACUGAAUGAGCUUACUGGCCAUUCAGUAAGUGAGCAAGUGGCCCAAUUUCAUUCUCAGAAGACACUUUGUUCAAGAUGACACAAUAUGAACUUGAUAAAAUAAACCAGUCAGCAAGACCUACAUCCCUCAUUGUAACACUCUGAUGUACCCCACACCCUUUGUUGGAACACUCUGAUAUAUCCCCCAUCCCUGUCACACAUUUGACACUACACCUUGGGUCAGAAUUUCAAUCUCAAAUUGGGUUGUGGGUGUUGGGAAAUUGAAAGUAUCUGUAACAAUGGAUUCCUCAUUGCUGUAGAGCAGAUGAUGGCUGCAGUCAGGCAGGGUGCUCCUGGAGAAAGUUCAGGGGCAGCCAAAGGGCCUGCCAGAUCUUUAAAAGGAGCUGUCUCUCAGUCACCAGAAUAACAGAAAAGCCUUCAUGUUCCCUCACCAGCUCUUCGUCUUCAUGUAUUUCGUCUAUUAGCUCAGGCCCCCAUGGCCCUACAUGCUGCUUAUUGCCUAGUUAUGAUACCUCAAACAACCCAUGAUCCUAUGCCAGGCCAUGGCACCUCAAUCCCCAUUCACCCACUAUAUAGAAGCAUUGAAGGUUGGAUGUGUAGAAAAAAUGCUGAAGAAAUUAUUUGUUGAUUUUUAAAAAGUUCUCCAUAUUACAGCCAAUAAAUGUGUCAAACAUAAGAAAUGGGAUUAAAAGCAGAUCAGUUGGUCCCACAAACCUGCUCCGACAUUCAAUAUUAUCAUGGGCGCUCUGGUUACUCCACAUUCCCAUGAGCCCCAAUAAUUGUUCACCCCACUGCUCAUCAAGGAUCCAACUACCCUGCCUUAAAACGUUCAAAAGUGCUUCCACUGCUUUUUGAGGAAAAUAGAAGGCUUACAAGUAAUAUACAUAAGUUGAGUGAGUGGGCAAAUAUAUGCCAGCUGCAGGUUAAUGUGGAUAAGUAUGAAGUUAUCCACUUUGGGAGGAAAUACUGAAUGUCAGAAGAUCAUAUAAAUGGUGAUAGAUUGGGAUAUAUUGAUGUACAAAGGGACCUGGGUGUCCUUGUACACAAAUCACUGAAAGCAAGAAUGUAGGCGUAGUAAGUAGUUAAGAAGGCUGGUUUUCAUUGCAAGGGGAUGAGAGUAAAGAAGUAAGUCUUAUUGCAGCUGUACCAGGUUUUGGUGAGACCACACCGGUAGUAUUUUAUGCUGUUUUAGUCUCUACCAAAGUAAGGAUAUACAGUGGCAGUUCAUCAUAUAAAGAGAGAGUGCAACCAGCUUUAUUCACUGGAGUGUAGAGGCACUCUAAUUGAAACACAGAAAAUUCUGACAUGACUGGACGUGUUGCCCCCCCCUCCCCUGGUUUGGGAGGGGAGUUCUCAAAUAAGGGGUCAUGGUCUCAGGAUACAGGAUAUGCCAUUUCAAUUGAGAUGUGAAGAAAUUUCUUGACUGAAAGGGUGGUGAACCUGUGGAAUUCUCUAACACAAAGCUGUGGUGAUGAAGUCACUGAAUAUAUUUUUUUAAAAAGCUAGAUUUCUAGACACUAAAGGUAUCAAAUGGCAUAACGAGAGACUAGGAGACUACAAUAAGAUGGAGGAUCAGCCAUGACUAUACUGAAUGACUGGACUGGGUUUGAUAGGCCAAAUGACCUACUACUGUUCCUAUUUUGUAUGUUUCCAGGCUUUCUAAAGAUGACUGACAGUUAACUGUCAAGCUUUCGUUAAAUAGUAAACCAGACAGAUUGAUACAUUAAUUGGAGGAAUGAAACAGGAAUGUCUGAUAUUACUUAAAUGGCUACCAUGUAUUUUAUUGAUUCAUCCCAAUGCUAUAUAAAAAAUAACAGGUCAUUUACUGUUUCUCUCUCUACAGUUGCUGCCAGACUUGCUGAGUUUCUUCAGUACUUUUUAUUUUUAAGCCUUCAAACUGUGUCACUGGUAACUGAUUCACCUGCCACUAAACAGUUCAUCCUUAUUUGUUUCCUUUGUUCUUUAAUGGGAUGUAGGCAUCACAGGCAAGCAUGAUAGCAGCAGCAUUUGUUGCCUAUUCCAAGUUUCAUUUGAACUGUUUUAUGUCUCUCGAUCAUUUCUGAGGACAGUUAGGAGUCAACCACAUUGUUGUGGGUCUGAAGUCACAUGUAAACCAGAUCAUUUAAUGGUGGAAGGUUUCCUUCCCUAAAAGACAUUAUGGAUUUAUAAUAAGCAAUGAGAGCUUCAUGAUCACCAUCACUGAGAAUGGCUCACUAUUCCAGGUUUAUUGAUUGAAUUUGAUCAAUUUACUCUUUCAAUACUCUUUAAAAUGUUGAACACUUUAACUAAAACUUCUCUUACUGUUCUCUGUUGUAAAGAGAACAAUGUCAGCUUCUUUGGGUCUCUCACAUUCACUGAAGCCCCUUAUCCCUGGUACCAUUUCAGUAAAUCACUUCUACAUCUGCUCUAUGACAUCCUUCUUGAAGUAGGGUGUUCAAUAUGAGACACGUUACUUCAGCUGGGGCUUAGUCAGUGAUUUAUAGAGGUUCAGCAUAACUUCCUUAUCCUUGUACUUUGUCUUUUUAAAUAUAGCACAGGAUCCCUUACUUUGUCAUUGUACUCUGCUUUAAAGAUUUAAAUACACACUUCUAGGUCUCUCUCUGUUUCUGCAGCCCUUUUAAAAUUGUAUAAUUUAGUUUAUUUUGCCUUUCAUUAUUCUUCCCACCAAAAUGUAACAUAUCACAUUUUUCUGCACUACAGUAUAUUGCAUUGCCUGAUAGUCUGUGUCCUUGUGAACUCUAGUAUUAGCCGCUUCAUUUUUCACUGCAAUUACGUUUUGUAUUAUCUGCAAAAUUUGAAAUUAUACUCUGUAUUCCCAAGUGCAAGCCAUGAGUACACAUCAAAAAGAGCAGUGAUCCCAACACCUAUCCCUGGGGAACACCAGAGUAUACUGAGCCUAUGUCCUGUGAAUGAAUAAGAAAACAACAUGCCUCCACUCUGAGAAACACCCACUCACUACAACCAUCUACUUUCUGACUUUUAGCCAGUUUCUUGUCCGUGCUGCCAGUAUUUCUUUAAAGCCAUGGGCUACAAUUUUGUUAACAAGCCCAUGAUGUGGUAUUUUAUCAAGGAUCUUUUCAAUGUCCUAGGGUCAAAUAUCUCUGAUUACUGGUUGUCAGUGUCAUUUGUAUGUACUGUGUUUUUAAUGAUUCACACAGUUGUUUAUGAUGUGUGUGCUAAGGUUUAUGAAUUAAUCCCCAAAGGUUCUGUAACCUUGUUUAUAGGUGGCAGCAGACUAGUAUAGUUAGUAAGUGGUGGAGAACAUAGAUUUAUGUAGCAUUAGAUGUGUGUUCAAGUUUGAUUACUGAGCUGUACAUUUUAAUUAAUGUAGCUCAUUGUGCUGUGCAGUUCUGUCAGAGUGAAGUUUGCUUUUAUGGAGGAUUAGAACUUGGAGCUCAGAAUCCCAAACAGUGAUUGUCAGGGAUCAGAUGAAAUGGAUUGCUGAUCUGACCACGAAAAUAGAUUUAAUUAAGUGUCUGAUUUCUGCAAGUGACUACAUCAACCUGGUCUUUAUUUCUUAAAUAAACCUUAACCUGUAAAGUUAAUCUUGAUCUUCUUCCAUGUUUCACCAAGUUUAUUGAGUCACGUCAAGUAGAUAUGAGGUUACAGUUUGAGUGGUAAAUGUCACCCAGCAUUCCUGCUCCUUAUCAAUACUCAGUGAAUUUUAGGUUAGAGAGAGAAGGGAAAUUAGGUAGUGGCCCUGCUCCUGAUCACUGGCCAGUGACCACUGCUGUGCAAUUUAGAUUAGAACUGUAAUACUGGUUGAAUAGUGACUCACCAACAUGUUUAACAUCUCUCUCUCUCUCUCUAUUUUAUCUCCAUGUUCCAGUCUUCCUAUGAUGCUAUGUUGGAACUCUGCAUGAGCUAUCAGAGUGAACUGUAUCCUGCCUGUCACUGGUAUUAGAGUCAGUAUUGGUUCACCUGGAACUCAAUGCUCCUGGGAACCAUUUGCAUUUGUUGCUUCCAGUGGCAAAGGAAAAAUGUUCACUUUGCUAAUCCCCUCAUAUUUACCAAAUUUUUUAAAUGAUUGGCAGUCUGAAAUGAUGAACUUCUUUCAUUUUCCAAGCCAAAGACUCUCAAGUUGAACACUAAGAAUUAGGUUUUUCUUAAAAUGUAGAAAUAAUUCCAAAACAAACCAAAGCUUAUCCUCAAACCCCAAUCUUCUCACCCACUUGAUCCCCGAUUCUAUAAACCCAAUUCUAUAAAACACAAGUUGCCACUUCGUCCAUUUUUUUAAUGAGAAACAAGAACUCCAUAUUUCUGACAGGCUGAGGGCUCCCUCACAAAUUAGGAGCCGAAGUUCCAUUCUGACAUUUCUCCCAUAGUGCAGAACUGUCAGGGAAAUGCAAACCAUGCUCCAUUUUCACAGCAGCCAGCAACCAUGUUCUUAAAGAUCCAGCAUCAGAGACAGCCAUUUUGACAGCGUCUGUCAAAUGAUAAAAGUGAGGAGAGAGUGUUGGAGGGGGUAUGGGGUAGGGUGCUUGGGGCUAGAAUACAAGGUGGCAAGUGGCCCAAGUGAGUGAUGCAGUGUUUUAGGGUGGGUUGGGAUGGGUGGGAGAAAUCUGGUCUGACAGGGGCUGUUCAGGUCCCGAGUAAGUCAGAUUCAAAGCAGGGUGGAGUAUCAGGUCAGAGACUGGGACUGUAAGUGGUCUGAAGAGGUAAGUAUGAUGGCAACUAAAUUGUUAGGAGUUACAUUAUAUGUUUAAAAGUCUAACUACUCUGAGAACUAUUUACAUAUUUUCAUUGGAAUUCUCUAAUCUCUCCAAUUUAAAUGGAUACUUUCAAACAGUACCCGCAUAGGGGAAUUGCCCAGCGGAAUAUUCCAUUUCCAGGGCAAUUACUUCAGAGUCUGCUACAUGGGAAUUGCAUUGAGUCCCCAGGUGCAACUCCCAACUACACUGGAACAACAAUUAUGUCUGGCCUUCAUAAAAAGUGGCACCCUCCUUCAGCCAUAAAUUCAUAUGGGAUCUAAAUAAAACACAGUCACCUGGAAACUACAUCCCAAUCAGACCCUGGACCAAUGAGCACUCAGUCAGGCUACACACCAAUCAUCAAACUUUGUGUUAAAACUCUCAAGAUUGUUUAGAUCAGAAAUUAUAUGGUAUUUAUUCCUUGGAUAAAUAAUUAGAAUUAAUAAUUAUUAUUGAAUCACUAGAGGACUUUGAUAUUUGUAUAAAAUAAACUGAACUUUGUUAACAUAUUAGAGAUUCAUUAAAUUCUGCAAUUUAUAAUCAGGACACACAUUGAGUACAGUACAUAGACUAUACAUAGCACAUCAGCAAUUGUGUACAUGACAUGUAUGCAGUAUACAUGGAGGCAGAAUGUGUACUUUAGACAGCAGCAGAGAGGUUUAUGUGACAUAUGUACACAAUAUGUACGAUCUCUGGGUAGUGUAUUUGAUUAUACUAACCGUAUUUCAUGCAUACAGUAUCUACAAUAUUUAUAUGGAGCAGAACAUAUCAUAUCAACACUUAGCAUCAGACUGCGAGAUUCUAAUUUUGACUGAUAACCUGUUAAUAAUCCAGUCCUAUAUAAGCCUUUUAAAAGUUGAAAGAAUUGUAAAGUCUUUCUCUGAACAAACAAAUAAAGUGCAUCAUCAAAUUA